AUGUCGUACAGCAGCAGCUCAACAGCCAGCGCAGAAACAGGCGGAGCAGCCGCAAGGCUCAAGACCAGGCAGCAACAGGCCUCAGUUACAGUCAACAAGCAAGAAACAACAGCGGAUCAAUUCAAGGACAGCAGCAGCAGCAACAGGCUCAGCUACAGCAACAGUUACAGGCUCAGGAACAACAGCCACAGUCAGUUCAACAGGACCUGUUACUACAGCAACAACAGGCUCAAUUACAACAGACAACAGGAUCAGUUACAGCAGCAGCAACAACAGGAUCUAUUACAGCAGCAGCAGCAACAGGCUCAGCUACAGCAACAGUUACAGGCUCAGGAACAACAGCCAAGUCAAGUUCAACAGGACCUGUUACUACAGCAACAGCAGGCUCAGUUACAGCAGCAACAACAGGCUCAAUUACAGCAGCAGCAACACCAGGCUCAAUUACAGCAGCAGCAGCAGCAAAAGAAGCAACAGCCUGCCCAUGUCCCUCAGCUGUACCACAUUCAGCUACAGCAUCCCAUGACUGUCCCUCUGUACAGCCAAGUGGUGGCAGGGGUCCCUGCCCAGUCCAUGCCAACGGCUACAGCAGCCCGGCCACCCCUGCAGCAGGCAGCGGAGCCGGGGGCUCCGUCUUAUUCCCGUAGCAGUUCCUCCGCGCUCCCUGUUUUCCCCAGCCCCUCCAGCUCUCACCCCGUCCUGCCCGCUUCGUACCCGGGGGGUGGCUCCGAGGCUGCCCCGGGACAGUCUUCUCUGCUGCAGUCUGUGGAUCAACAGGAGCCCCCAAUCCCCACCCCCACGCCCACUAGCCUCCUCCCUCAUCCCUCUGCUGGAGACACCCCUGCCGAUAGCACCCGAGUUCAGGAGCUGCUGGCGAAGUCUCAGCAAACAAGCAGGGAAAGUUUCCAGCAGUCAGUGCAAAAACAAGACUCUGUCCUCAGAGGCCCUCUGGAUGUGCAGAGCGCUGCGAUUGUGGAGGAAGGGGCCGGGGGGAACGGCAAGCAAGACAAACCCAAACCACAGAGGAGGAUGUCCUGCCUGAGAGCAGACAAGAACGCCCGCUUCCAACUAACCAUGCUGCAGAUCUCCUCGAGCGGAGACAACAUGGUGGAGUGCCAGCUGGAGACCCACAAUAACAAGAUGGUGACCUUCAAGUUCGACACCGACGGAGACGCACCCGAGGACAUUGCAGAGUACAUGGUGGAGGAGGACUUUGUGCUGGAUCUGGAGAAGGAGAAGUUUGUGGAGGAGCUUCACUGCAUCGUGGCUCAGGCCCUGGAGAUCCUGCAGACCGGGUCGAUGGAUCAGAUCAACACUCCACCCCCACCCACACUGGAUUCCUCCCAGUCCUCCCCAGUAGGUCGCUGGCGGUUCUUCAUCAACCAGACCAUCAGACACCGCGAGUCCCAGUCUGGCCAGGGUGCCCCCCUGACCCCUGCUGGAGACUCUGCAGAACUUCAGCCUAUAGAUGGUGACUCUGCUGCAGCUGAAGAGGGCUGGCAGACGGCCACUCAGCCUCUACCUGGCUCUGCGCGGCUCCCAGACCCCUCCGCUACCACAACCAGUGUGCCAGCUGCUGAAUCUACUGUGUUGGGGAUCUUGCAGGCUGGGGUGGGGGGUCCCCAAACUCACCCCGCCACGAUUGAAGGAGAGGAAACAACAACCGCCCCGGCAGCACCUCAACGAAGCAGCGCAGAAGAAUGCGCCCCGAUCGCAGAGGACACCUUGGCCACGCCCGAACGAGAAGAAUCGGAGUUGAACCGGGGUCCCGUUCACGCCCGCAGUGCCACCCCGGAGCCUUGCGUUCAGCCCCUCGUCCUGACUGCUCUGUCCCCCCAGGGGACCCCCCAGAACCAGGGCGGGACCCCAGCUUCCCACCCCAGCCCGGCCCAGCCCUCCUCGGUGCCAGAGUCGGACGGGGAAGGUCCCCCAAAGAUGGAUUUCGUGGACAACCGCAUCAAGACCCUGGACGAGAAGCUACGGAACCUGCUGUACCCGGAGCACAGUGGGACAGGGGCCCCCGCCAGCCCCGUGGUCCCCCUGACAACAUCGGAGGAGGGCCCUGGGGGGGAGGAGGCCACCGCAGGACUGGAGACCCCCCCAGACUCGAAGCCUUCCUCCUCCUCCUCUUCCAGGUCAUCCUCGUGCUCGGAUCUCGCCGCGGUCGGUGCCAGUCAGGGGUCAGAGGUCACCGAAGUCACCCAGUUGUCCGGAGGCGGGGGGGCAGUGCUUCAGGAUCCUGCCCCCGCGGAGGGGCAAGCUGUAGAUCUUGCUGGCCCCUCCCAGCCUACGGUGAAUCCGCUGCCCCCUCUCUGCUCUUUCUCCUGCCCGCUCUUUGAUCGAGACGGCCCCUCUGCUGUGGUCAGGACUCUGCCUGUUGAGCCGGCCGUGUUUGCAAUCCUCCCCCACUCUGAAGCCUCUUCCCCUGGAGACCCAGGGCAGGGAGCCCUCAGAGCCGGAGCACACAAGCUGCAAGCAGGAGGUGGAUAUUUUGGCCUAAGCUUUACUUGUCCUAGUCUCAGAAACGCUGUUAGCAAGAAAUCGUGGAGUCGCAGAUUGAAAAGCUGGGCGUACAAGCUCCGGCACUCGAGCAGCCUUUUCAAGAGAUCAAGAGUCCGUCAAGAGGGCAGUUUGAGCCACACUGGAGAACUAUUUGAAUCAACUUCCGCUGUGGAGUGCAGUGAGGGGCCUGACACUGACCCCAGCCCGGCCAGAGAGGGGCCCCAGCAGAGGGGCCGCUUCAAGGUCAUGACUGUUCCUCAAGAAACCAAUCGCCCUCCCCCAAGAUCUGCAGAUGGGGGGUCCCCUGAACACAAUGUGGGUUUGGAGGAGACUGGGGGGUCCCUCGAAUUCACUGGGGACUCGUCGGAGCUGGAGAAGACAGUGGGCCGGUUCUCAGUGAGGCGAACCUUAGGACUCCAACAGCAGAACCUGGGUCCCAGUCCCGGGCCCCCUGGCGAGACGGACAGCUCUUCCAUCACCCCGGAGCAAGACUCUGAGUCCAGAUCCCCCUCCUCCUCCUCCUCCUCCUCCUCCUCACCGUCAGGGGGCUGGGCCAGCCCAGUACAGCCCAGCUUAGACAGGAGGAGCCCUCCCAGGGCCUGCCCCCCCCAGCAGGAGCAGGGGACCUCGUCCUCCCCCCUGAGCAGUGACGAGGAGUCCGAUGAUCUGAGGAGGGAGCUGCACACGCUCAGAGAGAAGCACAUCCAGGAGGUCGUGACUCUCCAAGCCCAGCAGAACCGGGAGCUGCAGCAGCUGUACGUGCAGCUCCGCCAGCUGAAGGGGUGCAAGGACCCCCCCGUGCCCCAUGGGCUGCCCUUGCAGUGCCUGUCUCCCCGUCGGACCCGCUCCGCCAAGGGCAAGCUACGCAGCCGCCCCCAGUCCAUCACGCAGAACGACAACGGGGUGCUGAACAGCACCGGUGUUCACCCGAUCUGCUGUCUCUCUGGUCCCUCCUCCUGCCUGCUCAGCCCCACCUCCUCGCUCUUCGAUUCCCACAUGAACCUCCAGGAGCCCCUCCAGAACCAGAUCUGCCAGCAGGGGGUCACAGAGCAAGGUCCUGUGAUGUGUAGCAAUGCCAACGCCUGCCAGGAGGGCUCAGCCAAUAAGAAGGGCACGUUCACGGAUGAGCUGCACAAGCUGGUUGAUGAUUGGACGAAGGAGACGGUGGGCACCGCCCACACGAAGCCCAGCCUGAACCAGAUCAAGCAAAUCCAACAGAAGCAAGAGAUCGGUAUCUGGAGCAAGCCUCCCGAGGGUCGACCCACAGGGUGGCAGCCACCUGGGUCGGUGGGGGGGGGGGUCCGGGGCAGGGUGUCCCCCCAGAAUGGAGGCGGAGGGACGAACGGCGGCCUUGCCAGCAGCCCCUCCUGCUGGGGGCCCGGUGGGGGUGGUACCUUUGUACCCGGCUCCGCACCCAUGUACCUACAGCACAGGAAGUACCAGCUACCCAGCACAGCCCUGGACAGGAAGCCCAACUGUCUCCCCCAUACCGAGGCAGCAGCAGCAGCAGCCUGCCAGCCAGCUCUCCUCUACUGGGAACGGGAUACAGACCAGGGUGCAGCCAGGACCCAAAUAGCGGAGCGGAGUGAGAGGAGGGGGCAGGAAGGAGCGAGACUGGUUGGGAAGGAGGAGAGGCUCCCUGCCCGCCUGCCUGCCUGCCUGCCUGAUAUCCCUCAGUUCAUAUAG